CCCGCUCGGCGGGAGGAGCCGCCGCCAUGGGCGGGCCCCGCGGCCCAGUUCCUGGUGUCGGGGAUGGCGCGGCGGGAGAAUACCCCGCCACUCUGCCCGUCCUGCCGUCCGCCGCGCUGCCUGCUGUGCUGCCUGCUCCUCUGCCUGCUGCGGCUGGCGGCGGCGCGGCCGCCCGCCCCGCAUUUGGUACUGGUGCUGGCCGACGACCUGGGCUGGGGCGAUGUGGGCUGGCACGGCUCGGCCAUCCGCACGCCGCGGCUGGACGCGCUGGGAGCAGACGGCGUGCGGCUGGAGCGGUACUACACCCAGCCGCUCUGCACGCCCUCCCGCAGCCAGCUCCUCAGCGGCCGCUACCAGAUCCAUACAGGUUUACAGCACCAGAUAAUUUGGCCAUGCCAGCCCAGCUGUUUGCCACUGGAUGAGAAACUCCUUCCAGAGCUUCUUCAAGAGGCGGGAUACAUUACUCACAUGGUGGGGAAGUGGCAUUUAGGGAUGUACAGAAAAGAAUGCCUUCCAACCCGCAGAGGAUUUGAUACUUACUUUGGCUAUCUUCUGGGGAGUGAGGAUUAUUAUUCUCACGACCGUUGUGUCCUCAUCAAAGCAAAGAACAUAACACGCUGCGCUCUGGACUUUCGAGAUGGAGAAGAAGUUGCAACUGGGUUUAAAAACAUGUAUUCUACUAAUUUAUUCACAGAAAGAGCUAUAGAUCUUAUAGCCAAUCACAAAACUGAGAAGCCCCUCUUUCUCUACCUUGCUUUUCAGUCUGUCCAUGAACCUCUCGAGGUCCCUGAAGAAUACAUGAAACCGUAUUCUUCCAUUAAAGAUGUAAAGAGGCGCCAUUAUGCAGGGAUGGUGACCCUUAUGGAUGAAGCUGUAGGAAAUCUUACUGAUGCUCUGAAAAGAUAUGGUCUUUGGGACAACACAGUUCUUGUUUUCUCUACUGAUAAUGGAGGACAGACUUUGGCAGGUGGAAAUAACUGGCCACUGAGAGGAAGAAAAUGGACCCUCUGGGAAGGAGGAGUGAGAGGAGUAGGCUUUGUUGCAAGUCCUUUGCUGAAAAGAAAAGGUGUAGAAAGCCAUGAACUCAUCCAUAUCUCUGACUGGCUGCCAACACUGGUGCACCUUGCCGGAGGACAUACCAAUGGCACUAAGCCUUUGGAUGGCUUUGAUGUUUGGAAAGCUAUCAGUGAAGGAAGACCUUCCCCCAGAGUGGAACUGCUGCAUAACAUAGACCCCAUGUUUGUGGAUAACUUCCCAUGUCUUGGCAUUGACAACAGGACAUCUUUACCACAGAGCAAUGCUUCUCCCUGGGAUGACUCACUUUUCAAUAUAUCCAUGCAUGCAGCAAUCCGACGUGGAAAAUGGAAGUUACUAACUGGAUAUCCAGGCUGCAGUCAUUGGUUCCCUCCACCAUCUUUGUUCAAUGAGUCAAAGAUUCAAUCAUCUGAUCUACCAACAAAGAGGCUUUGGUUAUUUGAUAUUGUUCAUGAUCCUGAAGAGAAAAAUGAUUUGUCUGAAAAACAUCCUCAUGUGGUGGAAAAAUUGCUCUCACGGCUUCAAUAUUAUCAUAAACGUUCAGUGCCUGUGUUCUACCCCGAUGAGGAUCCUCUCUGUGAUCCAGCAGCAACUGGGGCUUGGGGUCCUUGGGCAUAGCACACAGCAUCUCAUCCUGCAGAACAAGCCUGUAGCAGAACCUGGUUUAUGGACUCAAUGUCCUAGUCACAUAUUUCUUACCUUGUUUAUUAACCGAUUGCUAAUUGUGAGCUCAUGCCUUGAGAAAUUUAGUAUUUUUUACUCUUAAAAUAUGUUGGGAAUCUUUUUUCAGUCUUUGCCCACUCUCUCCUCCAAAAAUUAUGUGUGAAAUGUUGCUAAAAUUAUAAAUCUGUUGUUCAAAUAUUCUUUAUCCAAAAUAUGCUAUUAAUGAAGAAGGAAAAAUGUUGCCUCCUUCCUUGAAAGAGAUUGCUUCUGUUAAAAAGCUGCAACAAUCGUGGCAUCAGGGACAUCCAGAAUGCAUUCAUGUUGGGGAAUAAACUGCGUUUUGUUUUCACGUUUGUCCAGAAGACAAAUUCUAUUGGAAGAAGUUACAAAUCUGUAAAGAACAGGAAAAAAAAAUCCCAUUAGUUGACGUAAUAACUUUUGCCCUUGUCAUGCAUCUCUGUCCAGAAAAGGGAACAGAUGGAAAUCUCCAACAGAAAAAUGAAACAAACAAAACCAAAAAACACCUCCCAGAAUACAGCAAAAUCCCUCUUUUAUCACUGUUUGUUUAUAUCACUGUUUAUAUAUCGAACUGGAGUAGAGAGUGGUGGUCAACUGGACUGUCAGGCAGAGGGAUCUGGACAGUCUGAAAAAAUGGGUGAACAAAGACUUCAUGAAAUUCCACAAAGGCAGAGUCCUGCACUUGGGGUGAAAUGGCUCCAUGCAGGAGUACAUACUGGGCUAUCACAGGAUAAAAAGCUUUUUUUGCAGGGAAAAAAAUCUAAGUAUCCUGCUGGACAAUAAAUACAACAAGAUUUGCCAUUGCCUCUCUGGGUAAAGAUGACCAACCACAUGCUGUUCCUUAUAACCAGGAAUGCAGCCAGCACAUUAGUGUUUAUUCCUCUCUAGCAGAAUAGCAUCACAUUUUGGGCUUCCCUGUACAAGAGAAGUAUCGACAAAUUGGAGUGAGUUCAGUGGAGCACCAUGAAGAUGCUCAAGGGGAGGAGAGUAAAUGAAGGGAGGCUAAAAAAAUUAGUUUAUGCUGGAGAAGGAAGAGAAAUGGGAAACUGCUAUCCUCAUCUAUGUAAUGGGAGAGCAUAAAGAUUAAGCCAAACUCUUCUCAGAGGUGCACUAAGAUGAAAAGCACACAGGGAACACGUGGAGUUCCAAUUCAAUAUAAGAAAAAAAAUCACACCAUAAAGUUAGUCAAAUAAGGGAACUGUGAGGCUAUGGCAUCCCUAUCCUUGGAGAUGUUCACUCCUUGGCUGGAGAAAACCCUGAGCAAUGUGAUCUAUCCCUGUAGUUGAAUCGAAUUUGAAAUUGGCCCUGCUUUGGUGGCAGUGAUGAGGAACAACCAAGUGACCUCCAAAGGGCCCUUUCUGCAUGAAUUAUUCAACGAUUUUGCAAUAAACAAAACCUUAUUUCUA